CACGUGUGCGCACGCACGUGUGUGAGUGCCAUCAUGCCUCGCUCUUUCUUGGUAAAGAAAGUCAAGCUGGAUGACAUUUCAGCCGCUGAGCUGGAGAGCUCCUACUGUCACGGUCGACGCGGGGAGUUGAGCCUACGUUUCCAUCAUCAUAAAGGUUACGAGCGGGAUUAUUUGAGCCCGUCUCCGUACGACGACCCGGUUCGCAGUGACCUGCCCGCCAUCUCCAAAGCGCCCUCCUCCCCUCCCCGCCCGUCAAUCAUCUACAGUCGCAUCAAUGGCGGCUACGCGGGCGACCUCCACGGCGACUCGGACCAGCCCGACAGCCCCCGCUCGGAGGUGUCGUCGGCGGCCAGCGGCUACAUCAACGGGGACGCCGGCAUCGGCGAGGCCUACUCGGUGGACGCCUUCUUUAUCGUGGACGGCCGGUCGAGACGGAAGGCGGCGGCGCCGGCGCCGGCCGGGGACGGCGCGAGCAGGCCCGGAGCCCCGCAGAGGCACUCGUGCGGCGAGUGCGGCAAGACGUACGCCACGUCGUCCAACCUGAGCCGCCACAAGCAGACGCACCGCAGCAUGGACAGCAAGAUGGCCAAGAAGUGCCCCACGUGCGGCAAGGUGUACGUGUCCAUGCCCGCCAUGGCCAUGCACCUGCUGACGCACGACCUCAAGCAUAAGUGCGACGUUUGCGGCAAGGCCUUCAGCCGCCCGUGGCUGCUGCAGGGUCACAUGCGCUCGCACACGGGCGAGAAGCCCUUCGGCUGCGCGCACUGCGGCAAGGCCUUCGCCGACCGCUCCAACCUGCGCGCGCACAUGCAGACGCACUCGGCGUUCAAGCACUACAAGUGCAAGCGCUGCGACAAGACCUUCGCGCUCAAGAGCUACCUGAACAAGCACUACGAGUCGGCGUGCUUCAAGGGGGCCUUCUCGCCCAUCAGCUCGCUCGGUGAGUGACGCCUCAACCUUUUGGCUAUCCAUCCGGAUGCUUCCGGGCAUGGACUCGCCGUCUUCCAUCCGCGCUCGGGCCCACUUUUCACUGGCUGCUACGAGGGCUCGGAUCGCGCACCGUGGGCUUCGGUCAGGCGGUGGCAAGCAGGACGCUUGGCCUUCAGUGGGGACUCACCGGACCUCUUCAUACCACCACUAUCACUUUCCAGUUCGAGAAACCACGCUAAUGUCGUUUAAGUACAUCAGCCAGCACUGCUGAUUCGAAAGGCUGAUUAAAUUGGCAUAACAACGCAGAAGCUGAAAAGUGCAACCCUCUUGCGAGUUAUCCCACAAUAGAAAUCUCCAGCAGCCAUCUUGAACAAUAGAAGCAGACAAAACAACCGGGGAUAAAUAGCCUAGUCAAAAGAUAGCCCACGGAGAAGCUGCAAAGACUGACAAACAAAGCAUAGCACAUCUCGCUCAUCAGAACCCAUUAGCGUAAUAGCACAAGCAAGCACAACAGCAUCGGAAAAGCCAGAGCGUCUACCUUGUCGUAUCCGACUACGAGCCAGUGAAGCGGACGGCCUACAAAAAAACA